GGGGUAGGAUCAAAUACAAAAUACCCUUAACCUAAGAAACGUAGGAACCAGUAAUCUAUUGACACAUGGCAUUUAAGCAAUUUUCUUGGAGGGGUAUAACGGUACUUUUACUCCUUUUCUGUUUUGGGGAUAAUUCACGUUAGAUCAGUUGUGUAUACCAGAGAUAGUCCAAUUAGGUCAAUCAGUUCUUCAAUUCUUCAAUGGCGUAUUGCUGAGAGAUCAAUCGGUUAGUUCAGAGAUUGAUUACUUCAAAUGGCUACUGUGGAUACAUGUGUUCAUGACGAUAGUGGUUCAGGAACGGAUAAUACGGAUGAAGUUCAGAAUGUAGAUGGUGUUGAUGUUAAUGUUCACAAAAAACGUCGUGUUGGUAUUGAACGUAUCUCCCCGAGAACUGGGUUACCUUAUUACAUACCUGAUGUGCCUUUGUCAUCUAGACCUGUAAUAGGUAUGAUAUUUUCUUCACUGGAACAAGCUUGCCAGUUUUAUGAGAAUUAUGCUAAACUGGGAGGUUUUACUGUACGUAAGAACACACAAACUACCAAUCGUGGUGUUAUUAGCUUGAAGUAUCUUGUUUGCUCAAAAGAAGGACAUAAAAUAUUUAGGAGAAUUAACACUUUGAAAGAUGACAAAGAAAGUGGUUCUAAAGAAAAACAGAUUAGAAGGCGCCCUUCAAUCCGUACAGGAUGUCUAGCACAUUUACGUUUACAAAUAUGCGAGACAAACAAGUAUAAGGUGUAUAGUUUUGUUGAAAGGCAUAACCAUGAGUUAGUUGACGCUGAUGAUUAUCAUUUGUUAAGUGCUGCUAGGAACUUGUCCUACAACAAAGAGCAGUUAAUUUUUGAUUUAUCAAAGUUAAAUAUCGGACCUAUCAAGGCUUUUAAUAUCAUGAGAACACAUUUUGGUGGGUUCGAAGAAGUUGGCGCGACAAAAGUUGAUUGUAAGAACUUCAAGAGAGAUAUUAAUCUCUUCAUUGGCAAGCACGAUGCUCAAAUGGUUAUUAAUCGUUUAGAGCUAAAAAGGGAUUUCUUACCCGAUUUUUCAUGUGAGUAUUUUAAUCUUGAAGAAGGUGUUCUUGGUGGGUUAUUCUGGGCUGACCAAGAUAUGAAACGCAAUUACCUUGUGUUUGGAGACGUUGUAUCGUUUGAUUCUACAUUUAGGUCCAACAAAUAUGACAUGGUUUUUGUACCAUUUACGGGAAUUGACAAUCAUCAUCAUAAUGUAACGUUUGCUGCUGCUUUAUUAGCAAAUGAAACAGCUGAUACGUAUAAGUGGUUGUUAAAAGUAUUCAAGAAAGUUUUUGGUAGUGCUCCUCGUGUUGUUGUCACCGAUCAGGACGCUGCGAUGAAGAAGGCUAUAGCAGAGGUUUUUACGACAACUAGGCACCGGUUGUGCAUGUGGCACAUCAUGAUGAAAGUUGCAGGAAAGGUUGGGAAACCCUUAAAAAAAGACAAGACAUUUAAGCAACGCAUAUGUAACAUUGUCUGGACUGAUUUGAUCGAGCCUGUUGAGUUUGAAACCAAAUGGAUGGAGAUGAUUAGUGAAUUUAAUCUGGCUAACAACACAUGGUUGAGUGACAUGUAUUCUUUGAAAGCUGAUUGGAUACCAGCUUAUUACCGUCAUGAACACAUGUCGGGUCUUAUGCGAACAACUUCCCGUUCUGAAAGCGAAAAUCACUUUUUUGGACAAGUUGCUAACAGUAGCCUCACGUUGGUUGAGUUUCUAAGCCAUUUUGAGACUGCCAUGGAAGCACAAAGGUAUGCACAUCGUAAGAAUGACCAUGAUACAAGGAAUACAGUCCCUGAAUGGCUUACUGAGGAGGAUAUAGAGAGAGAGGCUGACAAGAUAUACACUAGGAACAUUUUUAAUGAUGUACAAGACGAGAUAUAUGCUUCUGUGCACAAAUGUACAUCGAAGAGUUAUACUGAAGCUGGUGAUUUUAUAAAGUUCUUCAUAAAGGACUUACAGUUUCAAGGUUCAGGUUUGUUUGAGGUAUUGUUUCGGGAGAAGGAUAUGGUACUUCAAUGUAGCUGCAAUAGGUAUGAGCAAUAUGGACUGUUAUGCAGGCAUGUAUUUUGUGUCUUGAGGCUUUGUGAAAUAACAGUAUUCCCAAAAAAUUAUAUAAUGAAGAGAUGGACAAGAGAUGCUGUUACGAACAAUAGUUAUCAAGGUUUUAGCAACAAACCAGCUUCUAAUGACAACGUUGAAGGUGUACAAGGGGUUGUGCGUGAGAUUAUGUUUGGGAAUGAUUAUAUUGUUAAUCGUUUGGUAAACAACAUGGAGCAGUUGGUAAUAUACAGGGAUCAAGUGAAACAACAAAUGAUUAAAGUUGAUGAAUGUAUUGGCGUUCCACAACCCAUACCAAAAAAGGAUAGGAUUGCAAAUUUGCUAGGAUUUAAUCAACCUACUGAAGAUACCAUACGUGCUCCUGUUGGUAUUAGGACAAAGGGUUCUGGUUCUAAGAAACGAUUCAAAUCCUUUCAUGAACAAGCGUCAAAGAAAUCAAUAAGAAAGCAAAGAAGAUGUCAAAUUUGUGGUUCGGAUGACCAUGAUAGGCGAACUUGCAACAGAGGAAAUGGUGAGAACCAACCAAAAUAGGAUGUUAUGUUUUAAUAUGUUUCUAGAUUCAAGUAAUGUAAUAAGGUGCUGGUAUGACAGUUUUGGUGCUAAUAUUCAUGUACUUUCUUGUCUUUUUUUUUUACAUUUUGUUUAGUACUGGUAAAGAAAUAUUAUGGAUUUUAUGUUCAUUAUUUCAGUGGUUA